CAUUAAUACCGGUGGGCGAACGAAAUCCCUUCAUGCACGCAGAGUCAAAAUUUCCCCCCGCAAUGAUGAGACAAAGACAUCAAAACACUUAAUCCGCUCAAAGAAGAGCGAGAGAGAAAGCAAAGGAUGGGAGGGAGCAGCAGAUGGCCAGAAAGACGUCAAUCCUGCUCAUUCUUCCCGGGACAAAAACGAGGCAAGAGACAGAUGAUUACAAGGGACACUGACGUAAUUGUGGGGACCCUGGACGUCACAGAGGCGCUUAAAGGAGCUGUAUUAAGAUGACUACUGGAGGAAUGAGGUGAUUCUUUAGCGAUUGAUAAAAGACAUCGGCCAAACAGUUGAUGGAGUCCAGCUGUUUAAUUACACCUCAGGCUUUAUAGUCUUUAAUCAUUCACAGGGAACUAACAAUUAUUGACAGACCCGGGUUGGCGUGUUCCUGCUAACUUUUGUUCAGAUAAGACAUGCACACUUGAACUUUUUCAUUAAAAAGUUUCACCACACUGCCCUCUCUAGCUGACGGGACGGUAGUGUCCUGCGUCCUCGCGUCCAGUCCUGUCCUGUCCUAAGUGAGAAUGCACAGGUGAGCACAAAACCCCCUUUAAGUGCUUUUAUGACCUCUUAUCUGUUCAGUUUAAACUGUCACAUCCACUCCCAUUUCCUCUUAAUACUGGGAAUUAACCAAAACCCUUUACACUAAAUAAACAAUGAUCAAUCUGCGAUAUGCAAACUUAUAUACUAUAUGUUUUCCUCUCGGGGCAGAAGUCGGGGGGUCCCCUGUCCUCUGAGAUCAAAGGCAUAUGGCUGGCAUAGCCAUGUGAGAUUUACCAUCAGUUUAUCCUCCUUCAUUUCCUGAAAACAAGUUUGUUAUCAUUUUUCCUUUUCGUACUUGAAUGACUCAUGGAUUCUCUGUCGCUCUCUCAUGCGUACAGUAUAAAUACAAGUUUACGGGGACAUGUCUUCUGUGUAGACCAUCUUUGCAUCUGGAGGUCUUGGAGACAUCACCAUUCAAGUUUUUUGGAUUUUUUUUUUACAUAAACUGGAGUUAGCCUCUUAGUUUUUAUUUAUCGUUCACAUUCAAGUCAGUUUUAAAGUUUAUCAUUGGAGAUAUUUUAUUUUUGAGCGUAUUUUUACUUUUGGAGACCAUCCAUUUGUGUUGAUGGCCACCUGCUCGGCUCUCUCAAUCAUGCUUUUUACCCGUUUUUUCUUUUUUUUUGCUCUGUUUCCUCCUCUUCGUUGGUGUAUGUAUGUUCCUGUACAGAACGUGCUUCUGCCGUUUAGCACGCAAGUCAGGGAACGCUUGCUCUACACAGAUAACAGAAGGCACGGGAUGUUCCUUGAAAUCAAACCUGACGGCUCCGUUAAAGGGUCUCCUGAAAAGAACCGCAGCUGUGUGAUGAAGCUGCUUUCAGUGAAAGCGGGCGAGACGGUCAUCCAGAGCGUGGCUACAUCUCUCUUCCUCUGCGUGGAUGAUAAAGACAACUUGAAAGGACAGCCACAUUACACUGAAGGAGACUGUACCUUUCAGGAAUUGCUGAUGGCAGAUGGAUAUUCUUUCUUCCUUUCUCCACACACUAAGGGUCCUGUGUCGCUACUCUCUGGGCAGAAACACGGUGCUCCACUUUAUCGGUUCCUUCCUGUUAUGAAUACUCAGUUGGCAAUGGUGGGGAAAGGAGAGGACAGCCAGAUUCCGGAGCUGAAACAGUAUAUUAAAGACAUAAACCUGGACUCUGACGACCUACUAGGAAUUGGUCAGUCACAUAUUCAGACUGUCUUCAGUCCCAGUCUGCAUACUAGGAAAUGAGGACUGGAGGACAUUCUUUAUGGAGGCAUGCUUUACAUUAUCACUGGACUGCAAAGUUUAAAAUGUUUUGUUACUGUAUUUGUCUUUGCGUAAAACUGUAUUUAUUUGAAUUUAUUUAUUUAUUUGCUAUGGUCUACAAUUAUUUAA